UAGCAUUAGAAGAGAUCAAACAAAAGAAUAUUCUCCUUAACCAAAAAAAAAAAAAAAUGGAAAAAAGAAGUCAUUACACCAACAGAGUUUCUCAUAAAACAAGGAGCACCACUUUCAAACCAGCCUUCUUCCUAAGGGUUCUCCCUAGGGUUUAACAAACAAUUUCCUCUCUUCCAAGAUAAAUAAAAAUAAAUCCACCCUUAAACCAAAUACCAAAAUCAAAUAAUUCAACUCCUUACAAUUUCACAAUUGUAACAUUUGUACCUUAUAAGAAAACAUAUCUUUUUUUUUUUUUACCUGUUUUGGUAUUGGAUCAAGAAAAAUGGAAGCAAGAGUAGAAGGUGGUGCAAGAAAGCUUUUACAACAACCUCAAAAGCCACAACAGCAACAUCUUCAACAGCAGCAGCAUCAUUGUUAUCAUACAGGGCAACAGCAGCAACAGCCACAGGCUCAACCUCAGAUUGGUACUGUACCACAACUUCUUGCUGGUGGUAUUGCUGGUGCUUUUAGUAAAACCUGUACUGCUCCCCUCGCCCGCCUCACCAUUCUUUUUCAGGUUCAAGGUAUGCAUUCAGAUAUUGCAGUAUUGACCAAGCCCAGUAUAUGUCGUGAGGCAGUGCGUAUUGUCAAUGAAGAAGGAUUCAGAGCUUUUUGGAAGGGGAAUCUGGUCACUAUUGCUCACAGGCUUCCUUAUUCGUCGGUCAAUUUCUAUGCUUAUGAACAUUACAAGAGUCUAUUGAAAUCAAUUCCUGGUCUGGAUGGUAAAGGGCGGCAUGCAGGUGCGGAUAUUUUUGUGCACUUUGUUGGUGGUGGAUUGGCGGGAAUAACUGCAGCUGCUGCCACCUACCCGUUGGAUCUUGUCAGAACAAGAUUAGCUGCACAGAGGAAUGCCAUAUACUAUCAGGGAAUCUGUCAUUCUCUUCGUACCAUUUGCAGAGAUGAAGGCUUUUUUGGGUUGUACAAAGGGCUUGGUGCUACAUUACUGGGUGUUGGACCUAGUAUAGCAAUAAGCUUUUCCGUCUACGAGGCUUUGAGAUCUUACUGGCAAAUACACAGGCCCGAUGAUCCUUCUAUUGCAGUCAGUCUUGCUUGUGGAAGUCUCUCAGGAAUUGCAUCUUCCACUGCUACUUUCCCUUUGGAUCUUGUGAGGCGAAGAAAGCAGUUGGAAGGAGCAGGAGGACGUGCACAUGUGUACAACACUGGUAUAAUGGGUAUGUUUAAGCACAUAAUCCGAACUGAAGGGUUCCGUGGCUUGUACAGAGGAAUACUGCCCGAAUACUACAAAGUCGUUCCUAGCGUGGGAAUUGUGUUCAUGACAUACGAGACACUGAAGAAGCUUCUAUCGCAAGGGCCUUUUGAUUUUUGACGCUUUCAGUUCUGCACUCGUCCAGUUUUUUUUCUGAUAAAACAAGCCACAAGGUUCAGUUUUGUUUUGAGUUACCUAGUCAGGAAGUAUGGUAAUUAUUAUUAGUAUAAAAUGAGAUAAUUUUCGUUCUCGCGGUGGCAAAUUUUGUGGUUGCUGCUGUUUGACUUGUUUUUUUUUGUUGUAUAGCCUUUGAAAAAUCACUUGUGUCCCACAUCAAUUGUAUUUCUAGAUAUUUAGGCUGGUUAAUUCUUAGGAUUUUUACCUUCUAUUUAUCAUCUUUGAUGAUUGUAUCACCCAUACAGUUUUGUUUGUGGGAACCUUUUUUUCUUAUUUUCCAUUGUCUUUCCCAUUUUAAUUUUUAUCUAGUACUUCCUUUGGCUAAGUUCUAGGCUAAUUCCUUCAAGAUAUUGUAAGGAUCAAUCGAGUAUUUCAUAGUACUGCUUGACAAUUGUAAUUGAAGAGGAUUCUUUUAAGUUUGUUCA